CGCGGGCGCGAGUGUGCGCGGGUGUGGAAGGCCGGCGUGAGGGCCGCGAGGGGUGUGUGCGCGUGAGGCGGAGCGGGGCUCGCCCCUCGCCGGCGCCCGCCGCCCCGCCGGUGAUCGCUCUCCGGCCGACUCCGGCACCCUCGGCCCCCCACGGCCGUUGGUCCGGGCGGGGGAGGGAGAAAGUGAGACUCCGUGUCAUCACCAUCCAUUGUCAGGAGGGGAGGAAAUUGGAAUCCAGCAGCGGCAAGCAGCAGCUGGGCGGUCACAUCUGGGCAUGCAAAGCCGACCUCCCCCUCCUCCUCCUCCUCCUCCUCCUCCACCUCCACCACCUCCUCCUCCUCUCUCACCCAGGAUCACUUCCGAAACCACUUCGCCUUCAGCCCCUGCCUCGGCCAGAGGGAUUUAUUUAAUGGGGAUGUGUUCAAGGCAAGAGCGAAUUCAGAAGGAUAUCGACGUCGUGAUCCAGAAGUCCAGAGCCGAGAAGGACUGUCUGUUUGCAGAUUUCAGAUACUCAGACUCCACCUUUACUUUCACCUACAUUGGCGGCCCCAAAAGUGUAUCCUAUUCUGUACAUGUGUCUGAAGAUUACCCAGAUAAUACGUAUGUAUCAAGUUCAGAAAAUGAUGAAGAUGUAUUAGUUACUACAGAGCCAAUUCCAAUAAUUUUUCAUCGAAUAGCAACAGAGUUAAGAAAGACAAAUGACAUUAACUGUUGCUUAUCCAUAAAAUCCAAAUUACAGAAGGAAAAUGGGGAGGAGUCCAGACAGAAUAGUACAGUGGAAGAAGAUUCUGAAGGAGAUAAUGAUUCUGAAGAAUUUUAUUAUGGAGGACAGGUGAACUACGACGGGGAGCUGCACAAACACCCUCAGCUCGAAGCUGAUUUGUCAGCGGUGAGAGAGAUAUAUGGACCACAUGCAGUUUCUCUCAGGGAAUAUGGAGCCAUUGAUGAUGUAGAUAUUGAUCUGCAUAUUGAUGUUAGCUUUCUUGACGAGGAGAUUGCUGUGGCAUGGGAAGUGAUUCGAACAGAACCUAUAAUUGUCCGACUACACUGUUCACUUACACAGUAUUUAAAUGGCCCAGUGCCCACUGUUGAUGUCUUUCAGAUUUCCACAAAAGAGAGAUUUGGAUUAGGACAUCAGCUGAAAAAAAUCAUGCAGACAUUUGUUACACAGCAGUGGAAACAGAGCAAAGAAAAAUCCAGUUGCCUGCACAACAAGAAGCUGUCAGAGAAGAAAGUGAAGUCUCCCUUGCAUUUAUUUUCUACCUUGCGCAGGUCGCCCAGUUAUCCUCCCCCUGGUUGUGGAAAAAGCAAAUCCAAGCUGAAAUCUGAGCAAGACGGAAUCUCCAAAACGCACAAGUUGCUGCGGAGGACUUGUUCCAGCACCGUCAAGACGGAUGACGUGUGCGCCUCCAAGUCACACCGGACCUUCGGGCGCUCGCUGUCCAGCGACCCCAGGGCUGAGCAGGCAGUGACGACCAUUAAGUCGCACAAACUCUUGAACCGUCCCUGCCCGGCCACUGUUAAGCAGGAGGACUGCCUCACACUCAAGUCGCAUAAACUCUUGACUCGCUCUUGCUCCGGGGACCCGCGCUGUGAGCACAACGCCAGCCUGAAGCCCCACAAACUCUUAAGCAGGUCUUACUCCAGUAACCUCAGAAUGGAAGAAUUAUAUGGACUCAAGAACCACAAGUUACUCAGCAAGUCUUACUCCAGCACCCCCAAGUCAUCCAAAACGGAGCUCUUCAAGGAACCUAAUGCAGAGGGCAGGAGGCUCUCUCUUACCUCAGGGCUUAUUGGUAUCUUAACACCAUCGUCAUCUUCAUCUUCCCAGCCUGCCCCAAAUGGUGCCAAAUGCAUUCCAAUACGAGACCGUGGCUUCCUAGUGCAGACGAUUGAGUUUGCUGAACAGCGGAUCCCUGUGUUGAAUGAAUACUGUGUGGUUUGUGAUGAGCCACAUGUGUUUCAAAAUGGCCCAAUGCUUAGGCCUACUGUGUGUGAACGAGAGCUGUGUGUAUUUGCUUUUCAAACCCUGGGAGUAAUGAAUGAAGCUGCUGAUGAAAUAGCAACUGGAGCUCAGGUGGUAGAUCUACUAGUAUCCAUGUGUAGGUCUGCAUUGGAAUCUCCUAGAAAAGUUGUCAUUUUCGAGCCAUAUCCUUCUGUGGUAGAUCCUAACGACCCUCAGAUGCUGGCCUUCAACCCCAGGAAAAAGAACUAUGAUCGAGUAAUGAAAGCUUUGGAUAGCAUAACUUCUAUUAGAGAAAUGACACAAGCACCAUAUCUGGAAAUCAAGAAGCAGAUGGAUAAACAAGAUCCCCUUGCUCAUCCCUUACUGCAAUGGGUUAUUUCAAGUAAUAGGUCACAUAUUGUGAAACUGCCAGUUAACAGGCAACUGAAGUUCAUGCACACUCCCCAUCAGUUCCUUCUUCUUAGCAGUCCACCAGCCAAAGAAUCUAAUUUUAGAGCUGCUAAAAAACUCUUUGGAAGCACCUUUGCAUUUCAUGGCUCACACAUUGAAAACUGGCACUCCAUCCUGAGGAAUGGUCUGGUUGUUGCUUCUAAUACACGACUGCAGCUCCAUGGUGCAAUGUAUGGGAGUGGGAUCUAUCUUAGUCCAAUGUCAAGCAUAUCAUUUGGUUACUCAGGGAUGAACAAGAAGCAGAAGGUGUCAGCCAAGGAUGAGCCGGCUUCAAGCAGUAAAAACAGCAACGCGUCACAGUCACAGAAAAAAGGACAGCAAUCACAGUUCCUGCAAAGCCGUAACUUAAAAUGCAUAGCCUUAUGUGAAGUGAUCACCUCACCUGACCUGCACAAACAUGGAGAGAUAUGGGUUGUCCCAAAUACUGAUCAUGUCUGCACACGAUUCUUUUUCGUCUAUGAAGAUGGCCAAGUGGGAGACACAAAUAUUAACACACAAGAAGGAGGCAUUCACAAAGAGAUCCUUCGAGUAAUUGGUAAUCAAACUGCUACUGGUUAAAGGACCACCAUUUAAUUAACAUGAUUUGAAAGCCUUCCUCGGGUUCAAAGCUGGAUUUUGAACUGAAGAAGAUGAUAAAAUAAUUUAUUGUUAUUAUAAACAAAAUUAACCCUUUGAAUACUGAUUUUUUUCUUAGUAUUUCUAAGUAUCUCAUUAAAUGCCUAAAAUGGUAUAAAAUUUACCAAUUGUAGGGUUAUGGAAUCUAGUAAUAAAAUUACAACAGCACUUAAACUGAAGUUUGGGUUGCUCACACAAUAAACAGAUUGAAAAAACA